AGGACUGGUCGAAUACGAUGGAAGUAUAUAUUCUUCUGGUUUAUAGAGAUCUUAUGUGUCAUCGCCUGCGUCAGCUUCAUAUUUCACAAGUAUUUCAUAUCAGCGUAUGAGGAUUUCGGCAUAAGGAGAUUUUCAUGGAAGGAGUUGAUUGUCUCAUUCUUGGAACAUCUUCUUCCAGCAAUGAUGGUGUAUUUGAGCGGUUUCUACCUGUUAUUUCAUUCAUUCCAAAAUAUUUUUGCCGAGUUGUUGCGAUUCGGAGACAGGCAUUUCUACGGAGACUGGUGGAACUGUGGAAAGUUCUCUGAAUAUUUUCAAACUUGGAAUGUAAUUGUGCACGACUGGCUGUAUAUUUAUCUUUAUAAAGACAUGUACGAACAUGUUGUAAGAAAUAAAAGUGUAGCCAAACUAACCACCUUUCUGGUAUCAGGUAUUGUUCAUGAGUGGGCUCUUAUGAAUAUGUUUGGAUACUUCUUCCCUGCCGUUUUUGUAUUCUUCAUGGCAUUUGUGAUGAUGUCAAUCUUUUUGAAAAUUCCCAAUGCAAGUCUUGUGAAUACAUUGUUUUGGUUAUCGUUACCACUAGGUUGUAGUUUGCUGAUCAGUGGUUAUACUCUAGAGUUCUUUGCUCGAAAGAAUACUUCUAGAAGUGAUGACUCAUUGAAGAAUUUCCUUUUACCAAGGUGGUUAACCUGCGAUUGUAUAGAGUGAGAUGAGUUGAUAUUGUUCCGAAAAUAAUAUGAAUGUUCAUUAGAAUAAAAGUACAUUAUAUCU